CGAAGCAUGCCAUUUGUGUCCAUUUGUCAGACAUAGCACCUACUUCCACACGUACACACAUGGACGCAUGUGAACGCGCCAUCACACUGUCUGUGACAGCCAUGCCUUCUAUGUCGAGCGCUAUCUAGCAAACAAGACACUGCACAUACAUAAACACACACAGGUCAUACACGCAAGCGCACGCACACACAUUCUCUGUGGAGCGCUAUCUAGCAAACAAGACACUUCACAUACAUAAACACACACAGGUCAUACACGCAAUCGCACACACACACACACACACACACAGAGAGAGAGAGAGAGAGAGAGAGAGAGAGAGAGAGAGAGAGAGAGAGAGAGAGAGAGAGANAGAGAGAGAGAGAGAGAGAGAGAGAGAGAGAGAGAGAGAGAGAGAGAGAGAUGGCGCGUCGUGAAGUGGACGAAUGUGUAAGCGUGUGCGAUUCUUCAAUCUCUGAAGCGUUGGACCGCGAAGAAAGGAUGAGUGAUGGUCUGGAUGAAUUUAGGGAAGGUGGGGCUCAUCGGGAUCGGGGCGUCGACAGGAGUGCAGCGGACGAUGACAGUGUGCCUGGUGACGAGGAGAGGAAUGAUUUGGAUCUCGAGCUGAAAAGGAAACAAAGAAGAGGGUCGAGAGAUGGGAUCCGGUUGGGAAAAGAGGAGGCGGAGGGGUUUUGGGCGGGUGUGUCUCAGCAGAAUGCGCGUCGUCGGCUGGCAUGGGGACAAGAGUCGUCAGCGACGAAGAGCAGACCGCCACGUCAUCCUCACAAGAUCCAAGAAGCUAUCGCUGUUUCCUCCCCGCCUUUGGACACAAGGUCAGCUGCUGCUGAGGAGCCCCAGAGUGGAGUAGCAAGCGACAACGUGAUUGGUCGUUGUCGCACUGCUUCUGGAGUAGUCAGGCCGACACAUCGAACUGGCUUGGCUCAUGGGAUUUCGGCCGAAGAUGGCCUCUUGGUCGGUGUUGGCGUUGAUAGGAGUAGGCAAGCAAGCGAGGAUCGGAAGUCUACGCGGGACUCGAUCGCAGGUAGGCGCCAGAGCGACGAGUCCGGAGGGAGCCAACGCGAGGACACAACGAUGGAUGACCGCUGGUUGGGGUCCGGGAGGGCGACGACCACAACUGGUCGCCGGCAAAUGGGUGAUUGCGGUCGCUCCAGCCAACGACGCAGCGGCAGGGGUUCUGAUCAAAGCGGGGGCGAAAACGAAUGGACUAGUUCGCCGCAGCCAACGGAUAAAGAACUUUUGUCUGGCCACAGCGAGUCGGUGAAGAGGAGGGAUCGAGGAGGAGGGAGAGAUAGAGGUGGUGCUUCUGACAAUGAGCGUGGCGAUGGGGGGGGGGCACGUAGCAGGGGGGGAAGCCUAAGGCUUGGCGCGGAGCGAUUGGAAGAGGAGGAAAGGAUCGCUCUGCGCUCGGGGGAAAGAGCGGGAAUCCUCGAGGUAGACAGCCAGGAAGCAGCAGCAGGGACGACAGCCACAGCACCAGCUAUGACAGCGGACAAGGCUUUCAGACAUGCACCCACAGCUUCUACUGCCAAUGCCAUCGCUAUUAGUGCUGCCUCUGCUAGUCGAAUUACCAUGGAACCCCCUGCUUCUUCUCCUACGGCUCCUGCUGUCGGUAGGAGUGACGUGAAACAGAUGGAUCAGACGCAGCGGCCGCCGCAGUUGCAGGUGCCGAGAUCGCCCGGUCCGGUCAAGAUGAGGAAACGGUUUGACUUGAAGAUAGACUGCAGCUUCACGCAGCAAGAUUCCCCUCCUCCCGACGGCCAAGAGAGAGGGAGGAAGAGGACGAAGUCGAAGCCUGAGUCCGGAUAUGGCCAAGACCGAGAUCGCCAUCGACGGCGACGGAUGCCAACUGCAACUGAUGAUUAUGCGUUCAUGAUGGGGCAUCCUACUCGUCAUCAUCAUCAUCAUCAUCAUCAUCAUCAUCAUCAACGUAAUUCAACCGACGGGCAUGGCAGGCGCGAGAACGAGGGCGGUGCCAACAACGCCGCCAUGCUUUUCGCUGGGCGAGAAACGCACAAGCAGAGAACAAGGUGUAGUAACGAGACGAAUGAGAGAGAUUCAGCUGUAGCUGCAGCUUCAGCAAGUCCGUCGGCGGGCGCACGGGGCGGCAUUCAAGGCCUGCUCUUCCGAAGCAGGAGCAGCGCAAGCACUCAGAGGGGGAGUAGGGCGAGCGCUAUGCCAGGGCAAGUCGGAAGGAAGGGGGGAGCGGCGAAGGCGGCGGGCGUUGCGCCAGGUCAGGGCGGAAGGAAGGAGAUCGAGAUUGUUCCUGCCUGGACCCCGGCGACGAGAGGCGGGCGACCCAGCAGCAGCCUGCUGCAUAGUGUGGGGAACGGCUUCGACACGGACGUCGUUUCUAGUCUUUUGAAAUCAGGAUUUACCCGCUUCUCUAAUCUGGCAAGCAGCAGAGCGGGAGCGGGUCUGAUGAUGAAAAAAGAGCGCGCGGGUAAAACACUCGGCAGUAACUAUUGCACAGGUCGUGGCGUUUCUGCGUCGAAUAGCCGAGGGAGAGUUAUCGGCAGGAUCGAGACGAGGGAGGAGGAGGAGGAGGAGGAGGAGGAGGAGGAGGAGGACGGGGAGGGAGAAGAGAAGGAGGAGGAGGGUGACGAUGGGCGGAAGGAAGUUGUUGCUUACGGCUACCGUGGAAGGAGCGGCAGCAGGAUCAGCGGAUUGAGCGGUGUGGGCGGGUAUGGGAGAGAGGAGGGAAGACGGGGAAGCGCGAGUUCCACUGGCGCAAGCGGUGGUGGGGUGAAUGCACCGCCGAGGCCUCGAAUUGGGCGGGGAACCACAACCAAAAUCGACAAAGAGGGAGAAGGGGGGGCGAACUUUGCGUCGAGUGACGGCGGCGAUCGCAGAGAGGGCAAGAAAGGACUCAGCGUCGUUAGCGACAGCGGCAGUCGGUUGGUUGACACGGGCCUCGCUGAGUCAUUAUUAGAGCGGGAGCUCCUCCGAUGCGGAAGAGAACGUACCGUGGGGCGGAGGGCGGACAGCUCUUAUCCCAACUUGGAAAUCACAGGGGGGAUGCUAGGCAUCGAGAACCGAGCGUCGGGCCAAUCUGGUCAAACUGGCCACAGUGAUCGCAGUGGUCAAACUGGGAAAUCUGGCGGCCAAACUGGUCAAACUGACCAAACUUGGCAAUUGGACGGGGCGAUGAAGGCGAGGGGCGUUGCACAGAGGCCGAGUCAUGUAUCUAGCAUCAAGCGUCAUGGCGGCGGCCCACCCAAGGAGACAUUGGCAUUGGGUAGAAAUGACGACAAAGAGAAUGAUGAACUGCCUUUCGAAGAAGUGAAGAACCGUCGGGGUCAUGGCGGCGACGCUGGACCAGAGAACAGUAACACUAGGCUUCUUCGUCAAAAUCAGAGGAGCAAGCAACUGACGGGGUUUGCAGUGCAGCCGGCGCCUACCGACACGAAAGCAGCCUUUGGGUCAUCAACGUGUGUAGCAGAUAGCGUCAGACUUUCGCGAGGUGGUCGUAGAAACACUCCCCCUCCUCAUCCUCCUCCUCCUCGUCCUCGAAGGGGAAGAGAGGCCUUUUCAGCCGAUGGAUCGCGCUCAACAGCUGCGGAUUCGUUAACUUCUCCUCCUGCUCCUCCUCCUCCGCCGCCGCCACCACCACCAUCGCGGCUUCAGGAAGAGAAACAGGAACUACGUCAAGCCAGUCUGAAAGGUCGUACUGAUUACAGAGAGUCAGAAAGACAUCCGUCGCGUUCAGGUUCUUCGCGCGGGGAGGGGCGCAAUACCCUCCACUUGUGCGUAAGCGGCGGCGGCGCCAAAUCUGUGAAAGUCCAUCAGAGGCCGCGCAAUGACUACCCUGUUGGUGGGCCUGGGGAAAUUGCUGAAGCGGCUGUGGCGGAAGAUGGCAAUGCCGCCGGCAUGGUGGCAUUGCGAGGUGGAGGCGGUGGGAGAAACGUCAAGCCUCUGGAAGCGACUGAAUCUGAGCAGCCUUCUAGGGAAGGUUCCGCUUCGGGCUCGGUGAACCACACUCCACGUCAGCCCCCGCCGCCCCCCCCGCCGCCCAAAUGCACCAAGUCGACGACCAAUAAGAGAAGGGACAUGACGAUUGGGGGAAGCCUGGGGGCAGACGGGGGGACGUCAUUGGGUAACGACGACGCUCCGGCGAGUGAGCCACACGGCGUCAAUCUGGAGGCGCCUCGUGGUGGCGCGUCCAUGAAGAAGCAAGUGACCGUCAACGCGGAAGGGAGUAGGAGUGGCGGCGCGAAAAGAGUGGUGCUUUCAACAAAGGAAGGAGAAGAGAGUGGUGCUUCUUUCAACAAAGAGGAGCGUCUAGGAAAGGCUGACUACCAGUCAACGAGGAGGUCUGCAACAGAUUGUGGGCGGCUCGUCGAGGUCCGAGGGAGCGCAGAAGAGCAGCUUCGCCGAGGCGAAUGUGCGUUGUGGGCGAGCUCUGUUCGUGCAGGCGACUUGCUUUUGAUCUCGGAGUCCCUCUCGGCAAAGGAUACUACUCUCUCUGUUCUACGGCUCAUGCGAUCUUGUGAUCAAGGACCAAAUGGAGAGACACCUCGGAAAAAGACAGGCAAACAUAAUGAGCAUCUGAAACAAAGACGACAACAGCUACUGCAAGAGAAGAGCUUUUCACAAGGCAUGGGGGUUGAUGAGUCUCUGGCUCAAGCCCUGGUAAGAACACAUGUGUUGAGGGUGCUGGAACUUGGAUUUCCCCUUGAAGCUGGAAUGCUGCAAAUUCUUGGGAAGGCCAUAGGGUAUGCUUCAGCUCUCAAAAAACUCUCAUUCCUGAACAGCAAGCUGGGGGAUUCCGGUCUUCGUGAGCUGAUUGCUGGUCUGCAGAAGAAUAGUUCUCUUGAUGAAUUGGUCCUCCAAGGCUGUGUACUCUCUGAUAAGGGAGGAUUUAUGAUGGCGAAUGUGAUUAAGGCUCAGGCAUCCCAGCAGGCAAUGGACCGGUGGCAAGCCACGCUGAGGCAAAGUGGUGGAUUUGGAGAGUCACGCAGGGGGAGCUUUGAUCCACGUUUACUGGACUCAGAUGCUGCUGAUUCUGAAGGAUACACUGCAGGCGGUCUUGUGGCUGUGGAUCUGGCCUGCAACAGGCUGACUGAUGAGACGGCCAAAGAAAUUGCCUCUGUUCUCCGCCUCAAUUCACGAAUAACAGCCCUUGACUUCCAUGGAAAUAUGAUUACACGGAAAGGGGCAGUUCAGCUUUGGGAUACGCUCCGCGACUCAGGCACUCUAAAGCACGUGGACUUCCGCUUCAAUGCAGAUGGGAGUGCUCUUGGUGUGUUUGACGAAGGUCGUCAUCUCACGUCAUUCCCCUGUCCUCGGUGGCCCUUCUGGGUCAAUGUGGUGCGAAAGACGGAAAACACGGCUGGCGUAAGCUCACAGCAAGCCAGCAGUGCAGCAACUAAUCAUGAUGAGCAGCCCCCAUUAUUGAAUGCAAGGAGUGGUGCACAGUCUUCCUCCUCAUCGUCAUCAUUACCAUCAUCAUCAGCAUCAUCAUCAUCAAGGAUUGAAAACCGGACGAGGACAGCGAAAAGGACACUUUCUACCACUAGCACCAGAGAAGGAAACAUAACUGGUCGUGGAAGCGUAAGGACGAGAAGCUCACCAUCACGUCACGCACAUUCUUCCCCGCCAACUCCAGCGGCUUCGAAAGGAUGGCAAGGGAGAGAUAUCCAAAGCCCAUUCGGAAUCACUGCAGCAGCCAUCCAAACGUCAUUGAGGGGUGACCUCAUGUCAAGGACUCCUGGUCACGGAUCCAAUCAUGGGCAACGACAUGUUGUCUUCAAAUUUGCAUCGUCGUCGCCCAAGUCCAAAACAUCGCAAGAGCCACGCCAGCACAAUGUUGGAGAUGGUCGUCAGACUCCCUUCCACUCUACUUUCUCCAAAGCAGGGUCCCGCCCCAGGGUUAGAUUUGCAAAUCGCCAGAAGAGUACAGAUAUAGUGGCUCCAACCUACCACAGCCAUGUUAGCAAAAGGCAGCAAGAGAGACAAGUGUCACACUUGUUGGACGGAGAGGAAGAAGAAGAGCAAGAAAACUCCUUGUCAAUGCGCAAUUGCCAGACCAUCAAGAGGUCAUCAAGGAGUACCACGGUCUUGGGAGGAAGAGAAGGAGCAGUGCUGAGUGGGUCUCUUGGAAACGAUGUGAGUGGGAGCAGAGAAAGGAGGCUCCCUGAGAAUUACGAAAGCAACAUGCACGAAUGGAAAGCAAGAGGGGCAAUGGCUGGUGACCCUCCCCCGCUUUCGCUGAGCAAGGAGGCACUGAUGCAAAGAACCAUCCUGCAGACCCGGAGGCCAAUCCUGAAGGAGAAGGAGCCUUAUGGCAGUGAACUUUUCAGAAAUUCAUCAAGUGGAGACUUGGACACGCUUCCUUACAGACCAGAUUCUGCAGCCGGGGAUUGGGGUGGUAAGAAAACUGCAAAUGACUUGUCAGGAACCAGAUUAAUAGGAAACCGGCCAGGCCGGGGAUUGGGGCUGGGGUUGAAUGCCUUUCCACAAUCGGAAAAUUUCCCCGAUUCCGCAGCCACAAGAAAGCGGAGAAAGUCUGGAGAGAAAGGGCAUGGCGAGAUGGAUGUUUUUCCCCUUGGUUUCAAUGGGUAUGAAGGGGGUCUUCAUCGUCUGCAUGAUCUCAUAGAUGAGGAUGAUGUUGAUGUCGAUCACCUUGGAGUGGGUCUAUGGGGAGGUGAUUACCAACACCACACCCCCCCAAGCGCUGCAAGGUUAUCUUCUGCACAGAGUCCGACUCCCUCCUCAGAGGGAUUUACUGUAUGGAGGAAAAAAAACCUGGGCAAAGUCAGGGGUCUUCGGACAGAGUCUCGUGGAGAGAGUGGAGAUGCAGCUCAGAUGGUGGACAUGUGGUUGGCCAGCCUCAAAGAACUUGCUCACUCCAGGGGCCAUCCUGUCCCAUGUGGGCAUCAUCCUUACAAUGAUGCUUUUCUACAUGGUAGCCACUUCAAAAAGCCUGGGCUGGGAAUCAGAUCGUCACUGUCAUUGGCAAGGACUCACACCGUGACUGCAAGAGGCCCAAAAUCAAGGGCAGCUGUCAUAUGGGGGAUAUACUCUGGUGGUAUACCGCAGAGAGGGCGGAGGAGGAAGCAAAAAAUGCACCCAUUGCAGCAGUACUCUGGCUUGGGAAGAGGUCAGAUACAAUGCGGAGGACGUGCAGGAGUCAAUCAGAUCCAGUCUGCUAAAAGGGCCAGCAAACACAGGGCAAUAGCUGGCUCUGUCCCUGGGCAUGAGAAGGGAGAAGGUAGGAAGAAUGUUGUGAUUGUUCCAAGCGGUUCAUUUCGUCAUCCUGAGAAACCGGGGGUGAUUGUAGCGACAGGAAUGAAUAAUGAUAUGCAGAAGUGGAGGGGUGGUACUGACAGCAAGAAAACAAAGACAAAGGCCAUGGUGAGUAGUAGAGUGCCCCAAGCAUGGGGAGAUGGAGAACCCACCAAUUUUGAGGAAGCAGAAGACCUCAAUCUGGCAGAACAGCUCAGAUGGGAAAUGAAUGAGCAUGUGCCAGAACCGCCAUAUCUCAAAAGUGGCUGUGUUGUUGAUAGUGCCAAUGUGGUAUUGCCCGCAAGCCAUCACCCUCAAGGAGGAGGAGGGAAGAAGAUGGUCAGGCAGCAAUACACAAGGUCUUCAACAAGAAAUAACAGGUUGAGAGCACCUUCAAACGUUAUUGGUAGAACCAGGGGUGACGAUGCGGCUGCCAAUAAUAGUGAAAAGCCGAUCAUCCAAGUUCCGUAUGGCAGAGAACACCGAGCAAAACAAAGUCAUAACCAUGAGCCUACCCUCAUUAGGAUGAAUACUACGGUCGUGGACACAAGUGAUUUGAGCACCGACGAGAGAACGUACUGGAGGAAAGUUGCGAGAAAGUUGUCCUUGAAAUGGGGUCUAGGCAAAAAAGGACCCUUGCCAACAGGGAAGAAGACUCCAGGGACGAGGAAAAGCGCUGGCGGCAUUUCCAAGUCCAUCAAGUCAAAGAAAGAAGGGAGCAAUCUAGCAGUCAAGAGCUUGACCAGCUGCAAUGAUCGCUUGUUAUCAUCAUCAUCUGGCUCCAGGGCAACACUGCUGCUGAAGAACGGUGAUGCAAAGAAGAAGUCACUUCUUUGUCAUGAUCAUGAUCAUUCGCUUAAGGAUAAAACACACAGCUAUGACAAACGUACUCACAGUCCUGCAUCAUUGGACGAUGGUGCAGGCGUUGAGGUUGCGCCUCAGAUGGCAACAGCCACAGCGGAGGGUCCUCCCGUCGCUGAAGUGUCAGUAAGGUCUGCAGACUACAAUGCAACAACUGGUAAUCUGCCUCCCCUUCCUCCUCCUCCUCCUCAUUGUAAGCAGAGCCGGGCAACAGUGGUAAAGUCAUCCGAGUGUCAACAAGAAGGACAAGGGUUGCAAGGACAGGCCGUCGCCAAACCUGAUGGCCAACUUCUGAGUGUUGCAGAAAGACCAAUCCAAGAGUGCAUUGAGAAGAAACAGAUGUCACUUGUGGCUGAUGAAAGUGCAUUGGAAUCAGUAGUACUUACGGAGAGAAAGCUCAAUGCAGCUGCUGACCAUGUCCAUGGUCCACCUCAGGGUGUUGAAGGCUAUGGCAUCAGGAGAUCUGCUCAAACGACCACAAAGACCAUACAGGGUGCACAGCACUGGUUCACGAAAGGAACAGACGAGGAAGCCACUUUGAUGAGCACAACUGGUGAUGACAAUGCUCUUCUAUUUCAAGAUAUUGGAAACAUGGCAGCAGGACGUGAGGCUUCUUGUAAGAGUGACAAUGCUGAACAUGCAGCCACCAAGCGUUAUGUUAUUGCUAGUCAUCCGAAAAAGUCGACAGAUGCCAAUUGUGGCCUGUUUGUGUCAGUUCAAGACGAGGAUGAUCCGGACGAGAACGAUCACACAGGUCAGCAGUGCCCAGAGGAGAUAUCAGCAAACAGAUCUCCACUGAAAACCAUGGGUGUGGUCCAUGAGAAGAAUCCGUAUUUACAGCUGGAGGCAUUUAGUCAACCAGCACACCACAUGCAAGUCCUGUGCCGCUCAGUACGUCAUGGUGCUAGUUCAAAAGUUGAUUUGACUAUUCUCAGUGAGCAGGAUCCAAGGAUGGAAGUUGUGCAACACUCAAGCAGGCAUGGAAAGGGAGUGAGAGGAGGUUUUGAUAAAAGGAUACUAGAAUCAUGCAAGGAAAUAACGCCUGCAGAAGCAGCACAGACACGUAAUGAUGGCGAUGAUGAGGAUGGUGACAAUGGUAGUGAUCACAGCGAUGAUGAUGAAAGGAGGUAUGGUUGUCAGUGUCGGUCAGAAAUCCCAGUGGGACCUGCAGGACAGGAGUCACCCUGGCAGGAGUUAAAAGGUAUGAGACGAAGGUCCUAUACUCCUGAAAACGCUAGAAAUCAGGAGGGACAUCGACAUGUCACCAUAGCCCACCAAAGCGGAUCAAGUACUCCUGAAAGACAAGAAAAAGAAAAGCACACUGUAGGAUUGAGGAACGCAGGCAAUGAUGCCCAAGGGACUCUUUCCAGCUCUACGGCAGGUUUCCGGCACCAGAGAUUAGGCAAGGGCGUGCUAGAUAGGAUGGUGCUGGUAGAUUCAGACAGCCAAUCCGGUAGCAAUAAGAUGCCCGUUUCUGAACAGGAUCACGGCACACGCUUCUCAGCACUCUGUGGGGUUCCUGCCCCAGGCCGGACUUUGAUGAACCAACACCUUGCUGGGACACAUGAGGACAGUGGCAAAAAGGAUGAUGUGAUUAAUAAAAUCAGAGAUGCUGAAGAUGAUACAGUAGAGGAGACUUAUGGGAGUGAGGACUUUGAGGUUAUUGGAUCACAAGAUGAAUGCUCAGGUGAGUCGAUGGCAGACGUCUAUGGUGCAGAAACCAUGCCAUUUAGGACAUCAAAAGUUAGCGUCGCUGCCCUCAGCACCAAUGUUGAGCAAUUCACUGCUUCUGACAACACCAAAAAACAACUUGAUCACUCGCCACUGCAUAGAGUCCGCCGUGCCCUGCAGGAUUGCAAAGGAGACCCUCGCAUUGCUCCCCGUAGAGUUGAACGCAAUGAAUCCGACAGUCCUGUUGACACCUCCGAUGGCUAUGUCCAGUCAUCGGCAUCAGUGAGAGCACAGGCGGAAAGGGUUGGUGCUCGCCGGAUUGUUCGAGGUAGGAUGUUGGGAGAUGAUAGUGGGGAGAUGACUUUCAUGGGCAGGGACGAGACAAAUCGAGUCUCACAGACAAGCGGGCGAGAGGGAAGAUGGGCACAAAUUAACAGUGCAAAUGACUUGCUCAAGAGACAGAAACAACAAGAGCAGCAGCAGCAACAGCGAGCGCAGUCAUGGGGAGUUGUUGGUGGGGACACUUACCGUGGAGCUCAGUCAUUGACACACAUCUUGCCUGACAAAGGAUCGAGAGGACUUGGCGAUGUGCUGAAGGUGAGACUCGAAGGUGGGGCUAAAGAUGAGGAUGCCAUCAAGGUACACGACACAGACUUCGAGGAGGUCAUGAAAGAUGUGGUUCAUGGUGGACUGGAAUGUGGCGGGGGCAUUGUGAAGUGUCACUGGGCUCGGUACUACAGCAAUCGGGAGUUAGAGAUCUACAACGAGAUCUCGCUAGUACUAGCUCAAGCAUGGCUGACGGAGACGAAGACGUGUGGCACUUUGUUUGGACUUCUUUGCAGAGAGAUCGCUGAAGGAGGUAGAGCGACUAUCGCCUACGAGCUCCUCACCUUUCUGUUCCAGCUCGUCGACGACCUGCCAGCGAGUAUCAUCUCCUUCAAUCCCAGUGACCCCAGCCAAGUCGAACCCGUCACUUCGGAGAGGACGUUGACACCAACCAUAAUUUGGGCAAACUCUACGGAAGACUUCGGCCAAUACCUGAGCGAUCACGACCCCGCAGUUUGGCGCUAUUUGGACUUGGAUGAUCUUGCGCUGGACAACUCCGAUCUGGACGAGUUUUGGAACGCCCACCGGGCACACGGCGAGGUGCCGUCAGACGACGACCCAGGUCGCAUAGCCAUCGCGCGUCUGUCACCUGAAGAAGAGUCGGAACCCAGGUCGACGUCGAAGGAAGAAGAGGAGGCCCCGCCAGCCCAAGUACCAUCCACUGCGCGAGGAGGAUCUGCUCUGAAUCCCGAAGUCCCUGCCGACGCUGCCAGUCGACACGAUGGCGCAAAAUCCUCCCGCCGCCCUCCCGCCGCCGCCGUCGUUCUGGCUCACCAUCUCCUACCUCCGCCACCCCCUCCUGAGACGAGCUGUGAUGUUGCUGUGUGUGAGAGUGACGAGUAUGAGGGGGGGGCAGGAGAGAGGUGGGUUAGCUUGAUGGCACUCUCCUAUCCGGUAGAGGACGAGGGUGCCGCAGGUGAUGGAGAGAAGGAUUAUGCCACUGAUGACGCAGGUGAGUGGGAGGUUGAUGAUGAGAGGGUAGUUGGCGAUGGUAACGCAGGUGGGAUGGGUGACGGCGACAGGCAAGGAAAGGGUGCGAUUGACAAGAAGGGUGGGAUGGGUGACAAUAACAACGACAACAACAACAAUAACGGCGGCAAGCGGCGACUGAGUGAACUGGCUCAGACGGGCAUGAAGGAGGAUAGCAACAACAACAACAACAACAACAACAACGACAACAACAACAACAACAGUAACGAGAACAACGAUGGUGAUCAGGGACUCGGGGUAAAGGGUGAGGAGGUGCUCCAGUCUAUUCGCGGGGAACAACACGUUCUGGGAACCGGUCCCAGCGUCCCAUAGCGAAUUGUACAGAUCAUUGAGAAAAUUUGAGAUCAUUUGAGAUACCGGGGCCAUUACCUGGCCUCGGCUGAGAACAGUCUGUGAACACGAUGUGAUUCAGAAAGCAUGGGGAGGAUCAUGAAUAUGUAAUGACCUAUUAAGGAACUACUCAUGCAAUAGGCUGCCACAGAGGUCCUACGAAUGCUCACAACCCUCAGGAUCCAUAACAAACCCUUCUAAAACUU